CAGGGGAGGACUGACCAUUUGGAAACUCGGGCACUGCCCGAGGGCCCGGGGUCAGUAGGGGGCCCCAUGAGAUGCCCCUGGUACCUUUUUCAUAGUUUUUUUUGAGUUUGGGCAAGGACACAGGGGCCCCAUGAUUCAAUAUUGCCCGGGGGCCCCAUGAGUUGUCAGUCCACCCCUGCCUGCUAUGCCGCCUAUCAGUGCUGCCUAUCAGUGCCCAUCAAUGCUGCCUAUCAGUGCCCAUCAGUGCCACCUAUUAGUGCCCAU